AUGGAUACAAUACACGCUAGGUGCAAGGCUGGCGAGAAGCUAGGUCACGUCAAGGGAGAGCCACUCUCAACGAAAAGCAGGGUCCUCGAGGCUGGGGCUUCAUUGAUGCAGGACCUGGGACCUGUCAAGUCUAUCUGCGCGCACCUGAAUGCUUUCCAUGCAUAUGCAGAUGAGCCAAGCCGACUUGUAGAGACAAAUCAUUACUGUAGCCAUCUUACUGAAGAUGUCCGUCAAUGCUUGCUCUACGACUCGCCGGACCCCAAAGCUCGACUCAUCGGUAUCGAAUAUAUGAUAACUCCUCAACUGUUCGAAACUCUUGAGCCAGAGGAACGUUGCCUGUGGCACUCUCAUGUCUUUGAGGUCAAGUCUGGAAUGCUAAUAAUGCCCACACCGCGUCUUGUCCCUACUGCAGCUUGGGAGGUGGCCGAGACAAAAGAGAUGGAGCAGGUCAUCGAGCUCUAUGGCAAAGUAUAUCAUCUCUGGCAGACAGACCGCGGAGACCAAUUGCCCCUCGGGGAACCAAAACUCAUGACGAGUUUUACGAACGAGAGCCAGUUGGACUUCAAGAAGUUGGUGCAAGAUCGCGACAGUAGGUUUCAAGUUGACCACGCGUCGAAAGCAGACCAGCGAAAAUACAUUGAAAAUCCUGUAAUCCAUGAAGAUGCUGAUCACGCAUGGAAGUCAAAGACCGAUUAG